AUUUACAGGGUUAACCGGCCAAAGACACAUCACCAAAUUAAAUCAACAAGAAAAUACUUACAAUUAAAUGAAAUUAUUUGUUUAAUUGUUAAAUCUAAUUAGGACUAGUUGUGAUUAAUUAGUCAACCUUUGGCUUGACUUACCUUCCUAGUCAACCCCAGUGUUGUUGUCAUUUGAUUUUGUUUUGUUCUCUUCUCUGUUUUGGAUUUUUUCUUCUUCUGUUUCUAUGAAAAGAAAAUCAAUAAGAAAAAAAUAAAAUUAUGUGUCAAUUGGUGCGUUCAUCAUCUAUUCGGGAUUCCAUUUCUAAAAGUAAAAGUAAAUCAAAUGAAUCUCACUUGAUUGUUCGUAAAAGUUUAUUGAGAUUCUCUAUUCUUGGUCUUGCCUGGGUGAUUGCUUUCUGUUCACGUUUAUUUGCUGUCAUUCGUUUUGAAUCAAUUAUUCAUGAAUUUGAUCCAUGGUUUAACUAUCGAGCGACCCAUUAUAUGGUUAAACAUGGUUUCUAUAACUUUUUAAAUUGGUUUGAUGAGAGAGCAUGGUAUCCACUUGGAAGGAUUGUUGGUGGAACUGUUUACCCAGGGUUGAUGAUAACCUCUGGUUCCAUCCAUUACAUCCUGCAGCUAUUGAAUAUUUCAGUUCAUAUUCGAGAUAUCUGUGUAUUCUUAGCACCCGUAUUCAGCGGUCUUACGGCCAUUGCAACUUAUUUAUUAACCAAAGAAUUAUGGAAUGAAGGAGCCGGACUAUUCGCCGCUUGUUUUAUUUCCAUAGUACCUGGUUACAUAAGUCGCUCUGUCGCCGGAAGCUAUGAUAACGAAGGCAUUGCAAUAUUUGCUCUAAUGCUUACCUACUAUCUAUGGGUGAAAGCUGUCAAAACAGGAACCGUCUUUUGGGCUACUUUAUGUGCCCUUUCAUAUUUUUAUAUGGUCUCUGCUUGGGGCGGAUAUGUUUUUAUCAUCAAUUUAAUUCCUUUACAUGUUUUCUUUUUACUCUUAAUGGGAAGAUAUUCAACAAGGAUACACAUCGCUUAUACUACCUUUUUCAUCCUCGGUUUACUUCUUUCCAUGCAAAUUCCCUUCGUUGGAUUCCAACCUGUUCGAACAAGUGAACAUAUGGCAUCAGCUGGAGUUUUCCUUCUCAUUAAUGCUUAUGCGGCUAUAAAAUAUUUCCAAUCAGUUAUGACACGACAAGAAUUUAAAUAUUUCUUUCUCACUGCUACCGUAAGUGUUGGAUGUGUUGUAUUCGCUGGAGUUGUUGUCUUAACUUAUGCUGGUUAUGUUGCCCCUUGGAGCGGUCGAUUCUACUCUCUAUGGGAUACUGGUUAUGCUCGAAUUCACAUUCCAAUUAUUGCUUCAGUUUCUGAACAUCAGCCGACAACUUGGUUUUCCUUUUUCUUUGAUCUUCAUCUUCUUGUACCAACCUUUCCAAUUGGUCUCUUUUAUUGUAUCAAACAAGUCAACGAUGAAAGAGUUUUCAUCGCCUUAUAUGCCAUAACAGCUUCUUACUUUGCCGGGGUCAUGGUUCGUCUUAUGUUAACUUUAGCUCCAGUCGUUUGUGUAUUAAGUGCUAUUGCUUUCUCUGAGUGUUUCUACUUUACUUUACAAUCAGAUGAUAAACCAAAGGGUAACCGUAAAUCUAUCCAAGGAGGUGAUAAUGAGGAUAAAAGUGACAAUGAUGACAGUGAUGAUGAGAAAAAGAGAAACCUUUACGAUAAGGCUGGUAAAGUACGGAAAAUUAAAACUGAUGCUAACAAAGAUCUUGGAGUUGGUCAUAAUAUAAGAGCAAUCGUUUGGUUUGGUCUAUUUGCUAUGCUUGUGCUAUUUGUUGUUCACUGUACUUGGGUUACAGCUAAUGCUUAUUCAAGUCCAAGUAUUGUAUUGUCAAGUUAUGGUUCAGAUGGCUCUCGAGUAAUUCUUGAUGAUUUCCGUGAAGCAUAUUACUGGUUAUCACAAAAUACCGCUGACGAUGCACGAGUUAUGUCUUGGUGGGAUUAUGGUUAUCAAAUUGCUGGAAUGGCUAAUCGAACAACGUUAGUUGAUAACAAUACUUGGAAUAACAGUCACAUCGCUUUGGUUGGUAAAGCAAUGGCCUCAAAUGAAUCUGCUGCUUACUCAAUAAUGAGAUCUCUUGAUGUUGAUUAUGUUCUGGUUAUUUUCGGAGGUGUCAUCGGUUAUUCUGGUGAUGAUAUUAACAAAUUCUUAUGGAUGGUUAGAAUAGCUGAAGGUGAACACCCUAAAGAUAUUAGGGAAAGCGAUUAUUUCACUGAGCGAGGAGAGUUUAGAGUUGACUCGGCGGGCUCACCAACACUUCUUAACUGUUUAAUGUACAAACUAAGCUAUUAUCGCUUUGGAGAUUUACAGAUCGAUUAUCGAGCUCCGGCUGGAUUUGAUAGGACCCGAAAUGCUGAGAUUGGUAAUAAAGAUAUUAAAUUAGAACAUUUGGAAGAAGCGUAUACAACCGAACAUUGGCUUGUAAGAAUAUAUCGAGUAAAAGAACCCGCUAAUAGACCAAGAAUUCGUUAUCCUGACAGAAAAUUGAAACCGAAAAAUAUAUUUUCCAGUAAGAAGACGAGCCGAAAACGAAAAGGAACCAUAAAGGAUAGACCGACGGUCGUUAAAGGAAAGAAAAACACUGCAACUUAAUUUAACUAAAAUUGGAUUUACAAUUAACUAAAUAAAUUUCCUAACACAAAGAAAAACACACAAAAAAAGACGGGAGGAUAAUAAGCAACGGAAUAUGUUUGAUUUUUGUCAUGAGAAUCAAUAAGAUUUUGAGUGCCUCGGGCAAUCUUUUUUUUUCAAUUUCAAUUGAAAGUUAAUAGUUAAUUUUAUACAAUUUUUUGUGGUACCAAUCCAAGAUCAUUGAUUAACGGACUGCUUUAACGAAGCAAAAAUGGAAUAGAUUUAUUAAAAAAAUGAUAAUAAUUAAAUUAACAAUUUACACAAAAAUA